AUGCAGCCACCCCCGGGAUACACUACAGCACCAACAAACAAAGUCUACAGGCUGAGAAGAAGCUUAUAUGGAUUAAAGCAGGCCUCAAGACAAUGGAACACUGAGCUCAGUCUCAAACUCAUAGAGCAUGGGUUUGUUCAAUCCAAUCAUGACCAUUGUUUGUUCCUAAAGCAUUCAUCCGAUCACAGUUUGUUUCUCCUUAUUUAUGUGGAUGAUGUCUUAAUUACUAGAACUUAUGAGUCUGACAUAAUAUCAGUCAAGAAAUAUCUGCAUUCUCAAUUCACUGUCAAAGAUAUUGGAGUUGCAAAGUAUUUUCAAGGACUUGAGAUUGCUAGAGGAGAAAAGGGGACAUAUGUUAACCAGAGAAAGUAUAUUUUGGACAUUAUUAAAUAUGUUGGGCUCAUUGGCGCGAGAUCAGUUUCGGUACCAAUUCCAAAAGGUACAAAACUUUCACAAAUCUCCAGUCCUCCCUUUGCAGAUCUAGAAAGAUAUAGAAGACUGAUUGGAAGACUUUUGUACUUAAACCUGACCAGACCGGACAUUACCUAUGGCAUACAACAGCUAAGUCAGUUUGUUCAUAGUCCCUGCCAAAUUCAUUGGGAUACUGCAAUUCAUUUGUUGCGAUAUCUGAAAGGAUGUCCGUCACUAGGUCUCUACUUUCCAGUGCAACAGAAUUUUACCUUAGCAGCAUAUUCAGAUGCUGAUUGGGCUUCUUGCAGUGAUACUAGAAGAUCUCUCACUGGCUUUUGUGUCUACCUUGGAGACACACUGAUUUCGUGGAAAACCAAGAAACAGACCACCGUUUCUCGUUCCACAGCUGAAGCCGAAUACAGAAGUUUGGCAACAACUGUAUGUGAAGUUACAUGGAUCAAUUAUAUACUGAAAGACUUUGCCAUCACUAUACCUUUGCCUAUCCCAUUAUGGUGUGACAAUAAAUCCGCCCUACAUAUUUGUGCUAACCCAGUUUUCCAUGAAAGAACUAAGCACUUGGAGAUUGACUGCCAUAUUGUUAUAAAUAAAUUUAAGGGAGGAUUCGUGUUGCCUCAGCAUAUUUCUUCCUCUCAACAAGUUGCAGACAUAUUCACCAAAGCGUUGGCAGCCCCUCAGUUCCACCACUUAGUUUCCAAGCUGGGAUUGGGUGAUCUUCACCAAUUGCCAGCUUGA